CCCAGCAUCAAGCCGUCUAGCUAGGUGAUCCAGCGCUGCGGUUCUUCGAGCCAACAAGACCCAAAGCGACGACUCGACGCAACAGACACGUCGCUUGUGAUUGUCCCCUGCUCUGCAGUCUUCUAGCUGUCGCCACAGUUCCCUUCCCAGUUCCCACCAGUUCACCACUUCACCUCCAUUUAUUGUGCCAAGAAACCAGCGCAUGCGCACCCUUCAAAACGACACCCGCUCGCCGUCAGUUGCUUCGCACACUAACCGAAGUCCCAAUCCCAAUGGCGCCAACCUGCCGUCCUCGGCCGGAUGCGGCGCUCCUGCUGCUGCUGCUGACGGCGAGUAGCGUCGGCGUCGCACGGGCGGCGCCGCGGGUGCCGGCGGUGAUCGUGUUCGGGGACUCGACGGUGGACACGGGCAACAACAACCAGAUCCCCACCCCGCUGCGCGCCGACUUCCCGCCCUACGGUCGCGACAUGCCGGGCGGGCCGCGCGCCACCGGCCGGUUCGGCAACGGGCGGCUGCCCCCGGACCUCAUCUCCGAGGCGCUCGGCCUGCCGCCGCUGGUGCCGGCCUACCUCGACCCGGCCUACGGCAUCGACGACUUCGCGCGCGGCGUCUGCUUCGCGUCCGCGGGCACCGGCAUCGACAACGCCACCGCCGGAGUCUUGUCAGUGAUCCCGCUGUGGAAGGAGGUGGAGUACUACGAGGAGUUCCAGCGGCGGCUGCGCGCGCGCGUGGGCCGGUCCCGCGCCGCCGCCAUCGUCCGCGGCGCGCUCCACGUGGUGAGCAUCGGCACCAACGACUUCCUGGAGAACUACUUCCUGCUGGCCACGGGGCGGUUCGCGCAGUUCACGGUGCCCGAGUUCGAGGACUUCCUGGUGGCCGGCGCGCGCGCGUUCCUGGCGCGGAUCCACCGCCUCGGCGCGCGCAGGGUCACCUUCGCGGGGCUGGCCGCCAUCGGCUGCCUGCCGCUGGAGCGCACCACCAACGCGUUCCGCGGCGGCGGCUGCGUCGAGGAGUAUAACGACGUGGCCAGGAGCUACAACGCCAAGCUGGAGGCCAUGGUGCGUGGCCUCAGGGACGAGUUCCCCAAGCUCAGCCUCGUCUACAUCUCCGUCUACGACAGCUUCCUCGACCUCAUCACGAACCCAGACAAGUUUGACACGUCGCCAUCAUGCAAUGCAGGGCUGGAGAACGUGGAGGAGGGGUGCUGCGCGACAGGCAAGUUCGAGAUGGGCUUGAUGUGCAACGAGGACUCGCCGCUCACCUGCGACGACGCCAGCAAGUACCUCUUCUGGGACGCCUUCCACCCCACGGAGAAAGUGAACCGCCUCAUGGCCAACCACACGCUCCAAGUGUGCUACCAAGAGGGCGUCCUGUAACGUAGUAGUAGUAUUCAAAGUUAUCGAAGGAAUUAAAAGAAAAAAAUGAAAGCACACAAAGGUUUGUCGUAAUCACAGAAAAUGUACUACACUUGUGAUUUGAAUGUACGUGUCCUGUAACGACGACGUGUGUACAUUGAAAUUAGAGAGACGGCAUCGCAUCUAUCGAUUCCAUCGUUAUUCAUCUUGCUAAAAUGCUAAACUGG